AUGGCCGAGGAACCGUCUUUGCCUCGCCUGCCCGCGGUGUCCUGGAACGAGCAGUCCCAGAGCUUCAGCAAUAAUCCGCGCAAGCGUGCCCACCACCAGCGGUCCGGGGGCUUGUACAACUCGAGCGACCCAGCCGUCUUCUCCAGCGACGAUGACCCCGGGCUGGACAACUACCUGCAAGGGCACAAGAAGAAGCGCUACGUUGGCUCGUGGUUCCAGCAUCGGCCGGCGUCCCAGGACCCGGCGUCCGGCGGCUGCCUCGCCCUGGCGGGGCCCAAGAGAGAACGGAAGCUAAAGCGCCAGUUCGACAGCGGCGUCUACCUCGGCAGCGACGCCAGCGACGCCAGCGACGACUUCGCGCCGGACGCCCCGCGCGAGCCGGCGCGAUCCAGGCUGCCGCAGUUGACGACGCGGCGGCCGCCGGCCCGGGCUCCGACCGCAUCCCGGGCCGAGCUGCUGGCGCGUGACAAGGUCCAGGCGUGCCUGGACCAGGGCGACGAGACCAUCGACCUGUGGUCCAUGGGGCUGGAGGAGCUCUCGAAUGACACCAUCAGGCCCCUCGCCGACUUUACCUGCGUUCCGGUCGUGACCAAGGACGUGGCCUUUGAGCAGAAGGAGCCAGAGCUCAAGAUUUACCUGGCAAUGAACCGGCUCAGGCUCGUGCCCGGGGCGCUUUUCGACCUGGAGCACCUGACCGUCCUGAGCCUGCGAGGAAACAAGCUGACGGAAAUCCCCCCCGGCAUAGCGAGGCUGCCCAACCUGAAGCAAAUCAACGUCUCGCAGAACCGACUCCGAUGCCUGCCCGCCGAGCUCGUCGACCUCUUUGACCAAAAGCUAGCGGAGCUCGUCCUGCACCCGAACCCGUUCUACGAGCCCGAGACCAAGUUUCACUUCGGCUUCGGCAUCCGAUACGCCAGCGCGACCGAGGCAACGACGCCCACGCACGACCGGCUGCAAGCGCUGUACCUCGGCCGGAGCCCGCUCCAAGUCUCCAACUCGCUCGGCCAUGUCCUGUCGGCAUUCAAGUUCCCCAGCUUCGACGAGCCGGCGGCCAAGGUCGCGGUGAUUUGCGACACGGAGGGCGAAGCCGAGCCGGGCGCGGAACCACCAAGGUUCCCGAGACCCAGCAACGUCCCGUCGCUGCUGGAGAUGGCCGCUCGCAGCUGCUACUCGACGGCGGAGCUUGGCGCGCUGCCGAGCCACAUCCCCGACGGGCUGUCGCACCUCCGCGCGCUGCUGGGCAAGGCGGCGCGGCAGAAGUACUCGGGCGGCAGCGCCUGCUCCCGGUGCCGAAAGACGGUCGUCGCGCCGCCGCUGGAAUGGCUCGAGUGGCGCGAGAUCAGCGCGUGCGGGCACCUGCGCAACGGCACCGUGGCGGUCGUGCCGCUGAGCCUGGCGGACAACGAGCGAGUCGUCCCGUUUGCCCGCCGGGGAUGCUCUUGGAAGUGCGGGCCCGUUGCGGGCGCGCCGCGCGGGGGGACGGGGUGA